UUCAAAGACCAGCUUGACCACAUUCAUCUCAGGCCAUUUCAGGUCUAUGUGUGGCUGAACUUUUUAACUUUGCUGCUUUAGGUUGUCCAUCAUCAUCAUCAUCAUCAUCAUCGACCGGUUUGUGCUUGUUUUUGAUCCACAAGUCUGAUGGCGUCUGCAGCCCUAAAAAUUCAUGUGGGAAUUCCUGGGAAAGCUUAAUCAUUUUCUCGCUAAUCUGUUCACAGUGGAGUGAGAGCGAGACGAAACCUAUCACACCCUCCCUCAUUCUUUCACCCCUCAGCUGUUAUUUUAUCACAAAGAGGAAGUGCACACGCCCCAUCACAGUGCCUUUAAAAAUCAGGACGCUGAGCUGAUGGUCACUUUGGUGCCGAACUGAAGCUGAACUGUGCUGCACGCCGACGGGAUGGCAAACACAAUUCAAAACGUGGACUUUCACUGCCAGGCCAACAACGGCGCCCAUCGCACCAUUGAAAUCAGCACCAAGCAGCUGAUUGUGAGGCGAGGCCUGUCCUUCCUCCUCACUCUGGACAUGACACGGCCUUUCAACGACUUCGACCCGCUCGUCCUCAUCGCAGAGACGGGUCCUGCCCCGUCAGAGAAGCGUGGUACCCGGUCCGAGUUUGGGAACCCAUCUCCCAUGUACGCCGCAGACGUCAAGGCGAUAUGGAAGUACAGCAUCAACGGGAGAGCCAACCUGGAGAAGGGCACGGUGAACCUGUCGGUGACCCCACCGGCCGACGCUCCCGUGGGCAAGUACUCGCUGUCUGCGAGGACUUCCACAAAAACAACCUCUCUAGGAACCCUGGUGGUGCUCUUCAACCCCUGGUGCUCAGAUGACUGGGUGUAUCUUCCCGAUGACAGGGAAAGACAAGAAUACGUGAUGAAUGAAUAUGGACUCAUCUAUUAUGGAACGUCACAUUACGCCAAGCCCAUGAACUGGCUGUUUGGACAGUUUGAGGAGGAAAUGGUGGACAUUUGUCUCAAGAUGUUGGACAUCAACCCAAAACACGCCAAAAACCCAGCUGAUGACGUCUCCGCUCGCUGUAACCCCAUCUAUGUUAGUCGUGUGGUCAGCGCGAUGAUCAACGCCAACGGCGAUCACGGUGUGUUAGUGGGACGCUGGAACGGCGACUACGGGGACGGAGUGAACCCAACCCACUGGACCGGCAGCGUAAGCAUCCUUCAGCGCUGGUAUCAAAGCAACUGCCGCCCGGUCAAGUACGGCCAGUGCUGGGUGUUCGCCGGCGUAAUGUGCACAGUGAUGCGGUUUUGGGGUAUCCCGUGUCGCGUUGUCACAAACUUCGAGUCAGCUCACGACACAAACGGCAACCUCACGAUCGACAAGUACUAUGACGACUAUGGAGAACGAGCAUCGGACACCUCAGACAGCAUCUGGAACUUCCAUGUGUGGGUGGAGGGAUGGAUGAAACGACCAGACCUCCAGAAAGGAAACAGUUAUGACGGCUGGCAGGUCUUGGAUCCCACACCGCAGGAACUGAGCGAAGGGGUGUAUUGCUGUGGUCCGGCCUCAGUCGCUGCCAUUCUCCAGGGCGAGGCUAACCUGAAGUACGACGUGCCGUUUGUCUUUGCCGAGGUCAACGCCGACGUUGUCAAAUGGAAGGUUAGCUCUGAUGGUUCCAAGAGGAAAAUGCACUCUGACACAACAACAGUAGGACAGAACAUCUCCACUAAAUCUGUGGGCAACAACAUGAGAAGCAACAUCACAGAUUGCUACAAACACAGAGAAGGCAGCGCAAACGAGAGGGAAGUCUUCAGGCGUGCCCUCCACAAAGUGAACUCUGGAGAUGAUGGUGACAACGGAGAGGAGCCGCUGAAGAUGGAGAUAAAAUUUGAAGAGGCGGCCGAGAUGUUGAGUGGUCAGGACGUCAAGUUGAAGCUGAAGCUGAGCAACACAGAUCAAACCAGGAGGACACUGCUCAUCUACAUCAAUGCUCAGGCCAUGAGGUACAAUGGAAAACCAACAAGCAACAUCCAGAGCACCGUCCUCGAGAAGAUGCUCCAGCCCGGACGAGAUGUGAUCCUACCUGUUCAGAUCCCCUACUCGGUCUACAGAAAAUACAUGGGGGGCUGUGACAGCAUGAGGGUUUCAGCCAUGGCCAUUGACAAACAGCAGGAAGACGACAUCUACGAGACUGAGAUCGACAUCGUCCUAAAGGACCCUCUCGUCUCCGUGAAGGUCUUGAGCGAGGCACGUCUGCACCGCGCACUGACUAUGGUGGUGGAAUUCAAAAACCCACUCAAUGAAACGCUGAAAAACUGCUCUCUGACUGUCGUUGGAUGUGGCCUUUUCAGAUCGGACCACGUAGACAGCGUCCCGGAGUUGGACCCAAACGCCACGAUGAAGCUGAGGAUCGUAACGUACCCCUACAAGGUCGGACCGAAGACUGUGGUGGCCGACUUCGACUGCAGCGCCUUCAGGGACAUAAAGGGCACCUGCACUGUGGACGUCAAACCCUGAAGAUCUGCCGACACUCUAAACUUCCAGUGCGCCUUGUAUGAUCAGUUAAGAUAAGCAAGAUAGUCGUGAUGUCUCUUAUCAUCACUCGUGCUCUUUCUAACAAAUGUGUUUAAUGUAUUUCAUUUGAGCUGACUAUCCAUUUAUUAUCAUCAUUGUUAUUAUCACUAUAUUUAGAUCACCAAUCACACUACAAAUAUUUUAUUGUUCGAUCUUUCUUUGCCUAUCAAAUAUGAAGCUAAUAAAUCUGCAGCCCAAUCAAGACUCCAAUAAACAAGAUAUUCGUGAUAUGA